CACGUGACAACUGCAGCUUCAGCUCAUGCAGUGUGGUGACGACAAUCUCGCGCGCCGCUGUUCUUCUACUUCUGCUGUGUAAUUCCGCCUGCAUUCAGCGCUGAGUUUAGCUAACCCUGCUCGCUGUGAGAGAUGGAGUAUUUACUGGGGAUCCAGGGGCAGGAUUUCGUGCUGGUUGCGGCUGAUAAUGUGGCCGCCAGCAGCAUCAUCCAGAUGAAACACGACUACGACAAAAUGUUCAAACUAAGUGAGAAGAUCCUGUUGUUAUGUGUCGGCGAAGCUGGAGAUACAGUGCAGUUUGCAGAGUAUAUUCAGAAAAAUGUUCAGCUCUACAAAAUGAGAAAUGGGUAUGAGCUCAGUCCAGCAGCUGCAGCAAAUUUCACCAGGAAGAACCUAGCAGACUAUCUCCGCAGCCGGACUCCGUAUCACGUGAACCUGCUGCUGGCUGGUUAUGAUGAGUCUGAUGGGCCUGGACUCUAUUAUAUGGAUCAUCUCUCAGCAUUGGCAAAAGCCCCAUUUGCUGCACAUGGAUAUGGAGCCUUCCUCACUCUGUCCAUCCUGGACAGAUACUACAGACCAGAUCUGACACGGGACGAGGCUGUGGAGCUCCUGAAGAAGUGUGUAGAAGAGCUCAAGAAGCGCUUCAUCCUGAACUUGCCCUCUUUCACUGUUCGCUUGAUUGACAAGGACGGCAUUCAUGACCUGGAGAAGCUUCCUUUGGGGGCUUAAGUAAUCAACUACUGUUGCCUUUCCACAAUGUCACUCUUUUGUACUGCAGAUCUGAAUCUUUUAUGUUCAAUUAAAACAUUACCCCAUGUUAGAGUA